AUGCUCAUACCAGUGAUUCUCCAGCCAAGUAUGAUUUUGAGUGAGGUUAUCCCGCUUCACAUAUCGAUCCGUCCCAACGAGGAUGCUAUUGUCUUCAAUUCCCUAAUCAGGGACAAGUGGGAUCAUGAAGAAAGAAGUAGGCUUCCUUUUGAAAUUCAAUCUUUGGUUUUGAUCGAUGUGAAAUUCGAUUAUACUGGUUUUUUGGUUACAAUUAAUGAUGAGUGGCUGAAAAUGUAUGAGUACCGGUACCCAGUAACAUCAGCGAACUUUCUAACCAUCAAAGGUGACUGUUCGAUGCGCUCGGUUUCCAUAUUUGAGGAGAAGGGAGAGGAGACAAUAAAAGCAGCCGAAUACCAGCAGCAGGAGACGGAGGAAACGGAAAAAGAAGAGAGAGAAGAAAAAGAUGAGAGAGCGGAUGAAAGUGAGAACAAAUAA